AUGGAGUUCACCACGACAGGUGUCCUGAACGAAGAUGGCAUCCAUGUUGAUAUGGACAGGUUGAAGAAGGGCGAGGUCAAUAUGGCUGUAACAUUCAAGGACGGUGUUAUUUUGGGUGCCGAUUCUAGAACCACUACCGGAGCGUACAUUGCGAACCGAGUUACCGACAAACUCACACGAGUACACGAUACUAUCUGGUGCUGCCGAUCCGGAUCGGCCGCCGACACCCAAGCUGUUGCCGAUAUCGUUCAAUAUCAACUAGGCCUAUUCGCGAUGCAAAACGGCAAACCACCCACAACACAAACGGCUGCGGCCAUAUUCCAGGAGAUCUGCUACUCCAACAAGGAUCAACUAAGUGCUGGUCUCAUCAUUGCCGGUUGGGAUGGUCGGCACGGUGGCCAGAUCUAUUCGAUCCCCUUAGGUGGCUCAUUGCACAAGCAAUCAUACGCAAUCGGUGGUUCAGGAUCAACAUAUAUUUAUGGUUACUGUGAUGCCCAUUGGAAAGAAGGCAUGGAGGAACAGGAUGCUGUCAACUUUGUCAAGGGCGCUUUGCGCGAAGCCAUCAAGUGGGACGGCAGCUCAGGUGGUGUUAUUCGCAUGGUAGUUCUCACGAAGAACGGCGCCGACCGUCACCUAUACUUGCCGGAUGAGGACUAUAAAGUGCGGCAUUAG